AUGUCAGAAACUGGAACUACCUCUUGCGGAUUACCUGUUAUUGUAGAGGCUUUUCUUGCUGAAUUCUUCUGUCUUAUUGGAGGAAUUAUUGUUUUUGUAUUAGAAAAAACCAAUAUAUACUGUAAGGCACAUGCUGCAAAUGCUAUUAUUUGGGGAAUUAUAUAUUGUAUUAUGUGGGUUGCUCUAAUUAUUGCUGGUGCUAUUGCUGGUGCAGCUGCACGUGUAGUUUCCACUAUCUUUAGUAUUAUUUGUGCAAUUAUUGGUUUCAUCUGGUUCAUUAUUUGGAUCUUCAACUGGUUAAUGGCUCUUCUUAAGGCCAAUUCAGAAGAGUUCUUUGCUGUGCCAGGUAUUUCAUCUUUUGCACUCAAAUGGGCUGAGAAAUAA